GGUCGUUUUGGAAUGCUGCUGCUUUUAACACUGAGGCUUCCUACCUUCACUUCCCCACUUUCCAUGGAGAACUUAGUGCUGAUGUCUCAUUCUUUUUUAAGACAACUGCUCUCUCUGGGGUAUUUUUAGAGAACCUUGGAAUUACCGAUUUUAUACGGAUAGAACUACGCUCUCCCACAACGGUGACCUUUUCAUUUGAUGUGGGGAAUGGACCUUUCGAGAUCUCAGUACAGUCACCCACCCACUUCAACGACAACCAGUGGCAUCAUGUGAGAGUUGAAAGGAACAUGAAAGAGGCAUCCAUUCAGGUGGAUGAGCUCGCACCAAAGAUACAAGCUGCUCCCACUGACGGCCAUGUCCUUUUACAGCUCAACAGUCAACUCUUUGUGG